AUGUCCGCAAGUGCUGCCACUACAAUGGAGUACUAUAGCGCAGUAAUUGAGCUGACAAAAGAUGUUCUAGCUAUUCUCGCUUUGACUCUUGGUGUUGAGUCUAAUUAUUUCGACCCGCUGACCGAUGGUGCGCCAAAAGACGAGGAUGAAAAGUUGAACCGAGGAAUUGGAGCGCACAAAGAUUUUGGCUGUGUCACUCUCCUUCAGGAUGAAGUGGAUGACCUACAAGUUUUUGAUGCACCAACAGGUCAAUGGCUUGACGUCAAGCCUGUUCCUGAAGCAUACGUUGUAAAUCAGGGAAAUCUCUUUAUGCGCAUGGCGAAUGAUAAGUACAAGUCUUACACACAUCAAGUGACCAACAAGUCAAGUAUCGAAAGAUAUUCCAUCCCAUUCUUCCUAGGUAGGAACCCUGACUAUUUUUGCAAGUGCCUACCCAAUCGCUGUGAGACUGGUGAGAUGGCGAAGUAUUCACCUAUUACUGUCCAAGACAUGGUCACAUCUGCCUAA